AAUGGGUUCCGCGCAGGAACCCGAACUGGGUUCCACGUGAGGAACCCAGAAAUUGAGUUCCCCGCGGGGAACCCAGAAACUGGGUUCCCCGCGAGGAACCCAGAUCUGGGCUGGGUUCCUGCGCGGAACCCAGUUUUGGGCUCCUGUGCGAGGAACCCAGUUCCAACCUUUUUUUUUUUUUUGAUUUUUUUAUUUUAAAUGUAUUUAUCUUACCUUCCGAUUUCAUGCAAAGCAAUUUGAAAUAAUUUUUUUGUUGGAAAGGUGAGUUUUUUGGCUUGGAGAUUGUUUCUGAAUAGGUUACUAAUUUGAGUUUUUUUCGUUUUUUGUGGGAAAGGAGUAGAAGAUGCUUAUCAUGUUUUUGUGCAGUAUUCAUUUACUUAUAAUUGUGUGGAUGAAAAUCUUGACUUGGUUCAUGUGAAAUUAAGUUCCACGAAGAACUCAGAAUCUGGGUUUCGCGAGGAUCCUAGGGGGAUGAGGAUGAGGAUGAGGAUGAGGAUGGUGAAGAUGAUGCCGGGAAAGAAGAAAAUGAAAAAAUUAAAAUUAAUGAUGAUUUAAUUAUAACACAUAUAAAAAAAAGUCUAACAUUGGAUUAAUAAAUGUGACAUAAAGUUCUGGGUUCCCGGUUCCAUUAGGAACCCAGGAGGAUGAAGAGGAAGAUGGUAAAGAUGAUGCGAGAAAGAAGAAAAUGAAAAAAUUAAAAUUAAUUAUGGUUUAAUUAUGCCAUAUUAUAAAAAAAAAUUCAUAUUGAAUUAUGUUAUUGUUUAAUGCCACGUAUUAUAAUUUUUAACGGUUAUUAACGGUGUCGUGACGACCCGUUAAAAUAUUGAAUUUUUUACGAGUUUUGAAAAGUGAAAGGGGCAAGGGAUUUUAGUUGCCAUUUAAAUAUUUAAUCGCAGGGAUAAAUCAAAAGGAGCGAAGUAACUCCAUCGGAGUCGAUCUCAGGUAGCCUGACUGGAAACCUCUGAACUCGGAAACGUUGAAAAGGAGGAGCCGAAAUGUCCAAUUUCAAGUUUCCUUCAGUCGUUUGCUUUAUUUUGUUUUCGAUUCUAUUUUCCUUCUCAUACUUUGCUCCUACAGCUACGGUCCUGGCAAAGUCUCGUCGCCCAAUCUCUGAUUCUGAGAUUAGGCAGAAGAAGAGCGACUGUUAUACCGAUAUUGAGAGUGGACUGUGGGGCUCUCAUUGCAAGUCUUCAUCAAUAGCAAAGGAAAAUUGUGCUUUGAAGUGUCUAUCUCCAGCUUGUUACGAGCUUGUUUACGAGAGUGAUCCGCUUGAAGAAGGAGAGAAAGAUUUAGUUCGGAGCCAAGAGUUCAAGUACUGCCUGCAUAAGUUAUCACUAGGAGAGAGCAUUGAAGGCAUUAAGGGUGCAUUUGACUAGAAAACCAUGCAUUAAGCGCACAACGUUGUUAUAAAACUCUAGCAAGUACGAGUAUCAGAGUUUGAAUUUUUUAAAGGAUUAUAAAUUCUUGGAGAUUUUGGAGUUAUUUUAUUUUGAAAUCAUGAUUUAGUUCAGGUAAUGCCUCGCGCAUAUGUGGGAUUUAUCUUGCAGGAGUAUAGUGAUUGUUUUGCUCCCUAGUUUGGGCUUUUAGAGCUUAUUACUUGCCGAAGCACACAAAGUCCACUGAGGAAACCGUGGGUGUUACAUUAGCCUCUGCGUUUACUAAGACUCAAAGAAGAAACCAAUUCUAAUUACGGUAGAUUUGGGGUUUUGGCCUUAUCUGAUCGUUCUUUAGAAAAGUUAUCAGAUGAAACCCAGCCCCAUGACAAGGAUGUAGGCACUACCACAGUAAUCACAUUGAGCAUGAUCAGGGAAGAAGCCGUGUGAUCGUAUCAUUUCGGGUUAAUUUGACAAAUCGUGUACUAAUUAUUAACAUUUUUAAAUUUUAGUUUAGAAUACUUAUUUUCUUUCAAAGUCGUUUAUUAAUUUUUAAAAUAGUAUUAAUUUCGUCUACUUAAUACAAUUCUAUUAAUUAG